UCAUCCCAUUGACGUUUCGCCCACUAAAGUUAAAACCGGUGUUGAUAUUUUGUUAACGUCAACACAGUUGGUUUUAUUAUAGUGAAGAUGGAACAAUUAUUUGCAUUACCUUAUUUGAUUUUAGAAUGCCCAAACAUAAAAUUAAAAAAACCCUCAUGGGUUCAACAACCAUCUGCAAAAACUAUGUUUUCAAUUGUAUUGGUUUCAUACUUCUUGGUGACUGGGGGUAUAAUAUAUGAUGUAAUUGUGGAACCUCCUAGUGUAGGAUCAACUACUGAUGAGCAUGGACAUUCGAGACCAGUUGCAUUCAUGCCAUACAGGGUAAAUGGUCAAUAUAUUAUGGAAGGUUUGGCAUCUAGUUUCUUGUUCUCUAUGGGAGGCCUAGGAUUUAUUCUUUUAGAUCAAAUACAUUCACCAUUAACACCAAAAUUAAAUAGACUUCUUAUUACAGCUGUAGGAUUUAUAUGUGUUUUGGUAUCAUUUUUCACUACUUGGAUAUUUAUGAGAAUGAAAUUACCAGGAUACUUGCAAUCAUAAUCUAUUAUAUAAGAAAUAAUACUUAAAAAUUUAAUGUAUAACUUUUAAUAACACAGAAUC